GCCGGCCCGCGGGGCUGAGGCCGAGCGGAGCCGGGCCCGCGCAUCGGCCGGCGCCCACCAUGCGGCGGCUGCGGCGCCUGGCGCAUCUGGUGCUCUUCUGCCCCUUCUCCAAGGGCCUGCAGGGCCGGCUCCCGGGCCUCAGGGUCAAGUGUGUCUUCCUGGUCUGGCUGGGCGUCUUCGCAGGCAGCUGGAUGGCCUACACGCACUACUCAUCCUACGCGGAGCUCUGCCGCGGGCACAUCUGCCAGGUGGUCAUCUGUGACCAGUUCCGCAAAGGCAUCAUCUCAGGCUCCAUCUGCCAGGACCUGUGCCACCUGCACCAGGUGGAGUGGAGGACCUGCCUCUCCUCCGUCCCGGGCCAGCAGGUGUACAGCGGGCUCUGGCAGGGCAAGGAGGUGACCAUCAAGUGUGGCCUUGAGGAGAGCCUCACCUCCAAGGCGGGGUCGGACGGGGCCCCCCGGCGGGAGCUGGUGCUGUUUGACAAGCCCUCUCGGGGCACCUCGAUCAAGGAGUUCCGCGAGAUGACCCUCAGCUUUCUCAAGGCCAACCUGGGGGACCUGCCGUCCCUGCCCGCGCUGGUCGGCCGGGUCCUUCUCAUGGCCGACUUCAACAAGGACAGCCGCGUGUCCCUGGCCGAGGCCAGGUCGGUGUGGGCCCUGCUGCAGCGCAACGAGUUCCUGCUGCUGCUGUCCCUGCAGGAGAAGGAGCACGCGUCCCGGCUGCUGGGCUACUGCGGGGACCUGUACGUCACCGAGGGAGUCCCGCUCAGCUCCUGGCCGGGGGCCACGCUCCCGCCCCUGCUGCGCCCGCUGCUGCCACCGGCGCUGCACGGGGCCCUGCAGCAGUGGCUGGGGCCCGCCUGGCCCUGGCGCGCCAAGAUCGCCAUGGGGCUGCUGGAGUUCGUGGAGGACCUCUUCCACGGCGCCUACGGCAACUUCUACAUGUGCGAGACGACGCUGGCCAACGUGGGCUACACGGCCAAGUACGACUUCAGGAUGGCCGACCUGCAGCAGGUGGCGCCCGAGGCCGCCGUGCGCCGCUUCCUGCGGGGCCGCCGCUGCGAGCACAGCGCCGACUGCACCUACGGGCGCGACUGCCGGGCGCCGUGCGACACGCUCAUGAGGCAGUGCAAGGGCGACCUGGUGCAGCCCAACCUGGCCAAGGUGUGUGAGCUGCUGCGGGACUACCUGCUGCCCGGCGCCCCCGCCGCGCUGCGCCCCGAGCUGGGCAAGCAGCUGCGCACGUGCACCACGCUGAGCGGGCUGGCCAGCCAGGUGGAGGCGCACCACUCGCUGGUGCUGAGCCACCUCAAGAGCCUGCUCUGGAAGGAGAUCUCGGACAGCAGGUACACCUGAGGCCAGGCAGCUGCCCGCACAGGGGGACACGGCAGGGCGGCGGCUGCCCGUCGGGAAGCCCGGGAACCUAAGAUGUAAAUAGUUGCCCUGGCCCCUCCGGCGGCCCCCCUGCCCAGCCCGGACAGAGCGGCACCUGCUGGGGGCCAGGGGCGGACACCAGCCUGACCCGCCUACCCAGCCCUGGAGCCACCGCAGGCAGGGUGGGGCCGCCGCCUGGGGCAAAGGUCGAGGGGAGCAGGAGCUGCGCCCCCAGCCCGGGUCAAGGCGCAGGUCUGGGCCGAGAACGUCCAACACCCUUGUCCCACCGCGCGGGCGGCUGCUCAAGACAAGGCAGCCCAGGCUGCAAUUCCCGUCGCUCACUUCAAGGGCCGCUGGAUCCCCACACCCAGCGGGAAAGAGCCCCCACCAAGCUGUGGCCCCGAUCAGGGCCUCGGCUCAUCAGACAGGAAGACGCAGAACAGUUUAUUCAAGACCCGUUUAUUCUCUAGACACCCUUCUCGUUGAAGAAAAAGGCAUUAAAUCCUUCCAUUUUGCUUAAAACACA